GGGCUAAGAGCAGUAAAAAGUAGUUGAAAGCUUACUUUAGUCAUUGAAAUCAGAAGACUGAGCUCUGAUACGCGCAGGGAGUUGACAGUCAUGUUUUCAGAGACAUGUAACAUUUUAACCAUAAGUUCCUGCUUCUUCCUUUUUUCAACACUGUUUGUUGUUGCACUUCCAAAAAUAGACUGGCUGGUUUCUGGUCAGUUUCUCUGCCUCCUUCUCUGCUAGCCCCAUGUUGUUUGUCUGGGCUUCCUCGCCCCUGAUGUAAAGUACACUCUGUAGUGAGCAUGAUAGUUGAAAUCUCUUAGCCAGAAGCUUAUUUUGGUUAAUGCGUCCAGCUGAGCACAGAGAACACAGUCAGAGAAGUGUACUAGUUAAGUGUUGGCAUGCUCCAAGUUGUAUGAGACAUACGGAAAAACAGUCCCUGCCCUGAUGAACAUACAGUCUAUGAGACGACAAGAUGCAAUGGGAGACCCAGGCAAGCUUCCUCCAGUGUCUGCCCAGCAAUCCGCGUACCAUCUCUUCAGCCACCCGGCAGAAAUCGAGGCCUUUCGGAAGAAUUUGCUCUCCUGGUACGACAAAUGCAAGCGUGACCUUCCCUGGAGGAAAUUGGCUGCAAGGGAAUCAGAUGCUAACAGAAGAGCAUAUGCAGUGUGGGUGUCGGAGAUCAUGCUCCAGCAGACGCAGGUGGCUACGGUGAUUGACUAUUACAACAGGUGGAUGCAGAAAUGGCCGACGCUGCAGGCACUCGCCAAAGCUUCCCUGGAGGAGGUGAAUGAGCUGUGGGCAGGACUCGGCUACUACUCGCGAGGGAAGCGGCUGCAGGAAGCAGCACAGAAGGUGGAGUCCGAGCUGGCAGGUCAGAUGCCUGCGACGGCCGAGGAGCUGCAGAGGCUGCUGCCGGGAGUGGGGAGAUACACAGCAGGAGCCAUCGCCUCCAUCUCCUACGGGCGCCAGGCGACAGGAGUGGUGGACGGGAACGUGAUCCGAGUCCUGUGCCGGGUCCGAUGCAUCGGCGCCGACUCCAGCAGCCCGGCUGUCGCCGACAGACUCUGGGAUUUGGCCAAUGCUCUGGUCGAUCCAGCCCGGCCGGGGGACUUUAACCAAGCCAUGAUGGAACUGGGAGCUACUGUGUGCACCCCCAGGGCCCCGCUGUGCAUGGAGUGUCCUGUGAAGCACCACUGCAGGGCGCGUUGCCGGGUGGAGAAGGAGCUGGAAUUCGCCUCCAAGAGGCUGCUGGGAAAAGCCGCCUCCAGUUGCUCCCAGGCGCCUGACAUUGAGGAGUGUGCAGCCGCCGCAGGCAGCUGCUCCUUGUGCCUCCCGGCCUCGGAGCCCUGGGACAGCAGCCUCGGGGUGGCCAACUUCCCCAGGAGAGCCGCCAAGAAGCAGCCCCGGGCGGAGCGGACGGCCACGUGUGUGCUGGAGAGGAGAGGCCCCCGGGGGGAGCCAGAGUACCUGAUCGUGCAGAGACCCAGCUCCGGCUUGCUGGCGGGGCUGUGGGAGUUUCCCAGCCUGGCCUGGGGGCCGGGGCUGAAGGAGAAGCAGCAGAGGGAGGCGCUGUUGGCUCACAUUCAGGCCUGGGCAGGAGAAGCCGUGGCCGGAGGACGCCUGCGGCAUGUUGGAGAGGUCAGCCACGUCUUCUCCCACAUUCACCAGACGUACGUGGUCUACUCGCUGCUCCUGGGCGGGGAGCCCGGGACGGCCUCGGGCGGGCGGGCCGAGCUGCUGGAGCGGCCAGCGUUCCGGUGGGUGACACGGGCCGAGUUCCAGAAAUCGGCCGUCUCCACUGCUAUGAAGAAGGUCUGGAAGGCGUGUGAGCCGCAGAGCUGCGAGGGGAGGGGACCCAGCCAGGGCUGCAAGCGGAAACGGGGUGCCGAUCCCUCGCGCGCCGGCCAGUGGAAGGUGGAAGCAGACGGCAGCCUCCCCCCGAGGCAGCUCUCCCUCGACGCCUUCCUCAAGGCCCCCGCUGGGGAAUGACCGCGGCCUCCUGCUCCGGCCGGACCCGCUCGGACGGCACCCAAGGCCCCGUCCCGCUGCUCCUGGGAGACCCAGCGGACCCGGAGGGCGACAUCGGAUGCUGUGUUAGGCCGCGGAGCGGUUUGCUGCUGGCCCUGCCUUGUACGACGGCUCCUUUUCCGCCUGCUUUUACUCACAGCUGAGGUUUUAAUAAAUCUGAACUUUUUCGACAAGCUUUUAAAA